AUGGGUAAUGUCAUAGAAACCACACUUACAAUCAUUGUGAGUGUGCAAUUCAUGAUUGGAAAUGUAGGGAAUGGAUUCAUCGCACUGGUGAAUGGCAUCGACUGGGCAAAGAGAAGGAAGAUCUCCUCAGCUGAUCGAAUUCUCACUGCUUUGGCGAUCUCCAGAAUUGGUCAGCUCUGGUCAGUAUUCACAAAUUGGUGCCUUUCUGUGUUCAAUCCAAUUUUGUUCAUGAGUGAAAAAGUGUUCAGAAUGCUUAAUACCACCUGGGUUGUGACCAAUCACUUUAGCAUCUGGCUUGCUACCUGUCUCAGCAUCUUUUACUUCUUCAAGAUUGCCAACUUUUCUAACUCUGCUUUUCUCUACCUAAAGUGGAGAGUGAAAAAGGUGAUCUCAGUGGGACUGCUGGUGACUUUGGUCCCCUUGGCAUUUAAUGUUGCACUGACAACCACGCAUACUAAUGUCUUGUUCAGUGAAUGUAACAGAAACAUGACUUGCAAUUCCAGUUUUAGGAAUUUGGCACAUUUUGCUAGUCUUUUAAUUAUCAACACUUUGUUCACUUUCAUACCUUUUGCUGUGACACUGACAACCUUUCUCCUGCUCAUCUUCUCACUCUGGAAACAUCUCAGGACAAUGCAACGUGAUGCCCAAGGACCCAGAGAUGCCAGCACCAAGGCCCACAUAACAGCCCUGCAGUCCGUGAUCAUCUUCCUCCUGCUCUAUGCCAUUUUAUUUCUGUCUUAUUUUAUACCAGUUUUGAUCUCUGAUUUGCUAAAUGAAAAUCUGAUUUUCAUGAGUUUCCAGGCUAUUGCAAUUUCUUUCCCUUCAGGCCACUCUUGUGUCCUGAUUCUGGGAAACAGUAAGCUGAGACAGACAUCUCUCUCAGUUCUGUGGGGACUGAGGUGGAUGUUCAACUAG